AUGCGAUUUCGGUGGGGACCCUCGUAUAACGCCCAAUCACCGACAGACAACGCCCUUGCCGGCGUUGACUGCGUGGACAUCGAGCGCAAGCGGCCCGGUCGGCCCAAGGGCGGCAAGUCAAAGUCGCUCGAGAACGGGCUAACCACCAUCAGCAUCAAGAAGGCUCGGCUGGACGGGCCGGCGUCGGUGUCAGGAGCGGCUCCCACCGACAGCGCGCCAGGAACUGGAUCAGGCACGACAGCUGGUCCCACUUCAACAUCAUCAUCAUCAUCAACAGCAGCAACAGCGACAAAGCAGGAGCCUGCCGCUACUGCUACUCAGCCGCAUCAACCACCAGCUGCACACACCGCGCAGUCGCCUGCGCAGCCGACGCUUCGACCACUUCGGCAGACGUCCGUCCCGCCGGCGCGCUUCCCCAACCUCGCCUCCGCCUUCACCCCGCUCGCCAAGGUGGCCAUCUCCCUGCCGCCGCUCUCCUCCUCCGACCACCCGCUGCCGCUGCCGAUGCCCAAGUUCCCCCUCCCGCCGUUCAACAGCACAUUCGCCUCUUCCGCCUCCGCCGCCUCUUCUUCCUCCACCACCUCGUCGCCAUCACCAUCCGGCACCGGCGCUCAGCCUCGGCAGACCCCGCUGGCAACUGCAGCCACCGCUCGUCCGUUCCUUCCCAACUUCCCUCCGCCCCUGCGGUUACCGCUGGCCACGAGCGCCGGCGCGACGCCCAUGGGCGAGGCCGGCAAGCUCUCGCGAGGCCUGAAGGACGUCGAGGCGCCGAUGCUUGGCAAGGGGGCAGCGGCGGCGGCGGACCACCUGGGCAAGGCCAACUCGAAUCCCUACCUCGAGUCGCUGCUCUCGUUCCUGGUCGAGGAGGUCAAGGACCUGAAGCAGACCAACACCAGCAUGAAGGACGAGUUCCGACGGACGGUGAAGAAGCUCAAGAACGACAUCGGCCAGCUGCAGGAGACACAGCAUCGCAUGGACAAGGAGCGACGAGAGCUCGAGGACCGAUUAGCCGCCCUCUCCUCAGGCACGACGCCGUACAGCCAGCCGGCGCCCAAACAGCCCUCCUUCUCCUCGCCUCGGUCUCCCUGCGCCACGUCAUCUCCCUCCAACUCCUUUGCUUCUUCGUCUGAGAUCCUUUCCAGCUUCCCCUUCCUUUCCUCCUAUAACCUGGCAUCGAGCGACGUUCCCUUUGUUGUGACCGACCUCAACAAACCGUUUUUGGCCGUGCGGACGAUGGACUCGGCUGUGGGCGAGGAGAGCAACCCGCCCAUGGUCAUCGCCGCCAACCCGCCGUUCUGCCAGCUCAUCAACUACUCCUUACACGAGCUGCUCGGAUGUCCGCUGUCGAAGAUCAUCGUGCCCGACGAGAAGAUCAAGAAGCAGUUCCUCCCCGUCCUGUACAACAGGACCAGCUCCCUGAUCAGCGACAUUGUCCCUCUCUCGCCUCUAUGCGUACCCAAGGAUGGAAAGAUGAUCAGACUCUCUUCACGCAUCCAACUCUUCUUCUCCGAAAACGGAGUGAUACGAUGGACGGUGACGGUCAUCGAGGGGAUCGAAGAGGCGCCCGCCUCGGCCGAAGCGCCCAUGACCUGGCUGCCCGGGCUGCCCAAGUGGUGGUCCGCCUACUCCAACAUGGCGAGCAGCGGCCCUCUGCCGCUGGCCACGCUGCGCGCCUCCCUGCCGCCCAACAACCGAUUGGCUCCGAGCCAGCAGCAGCCCGGCGCCCCGGUCGCCACGACCUCCACGACGACCAACGGCGGCGACGCGCACAGCAAGGACCCCGCGGCGGCGGUCAGGGCGGGUGGCGCCCAGGUGACAGGCAAGCGCAAGCUGGGCGAUCGAUCGUACGACCUGGGCGAGCUGCUCUCCAACUUCGCGGCGCCGAUCCCCUCGCCGCCCGUGGGCACCGGCGACUUCGCGUGGCUCCUCAAGGACGGCGUCGGCGGCGGCCUCGUCUACGCGGGGAGCUCUGGCGGCCAGCGAGGAGGACCGCUCGACGCACAACAACAACAGCCUUGGCUCCCGGACUUUGGCAAGAAGGCGCUCUCUUCGUCGUCUUCGCCGGGCGGCCUCGAGCAGCACCGCCCGUCAGCCGCGGCACCACCGGGAGCGCGGGGCGGUGCUGGUGGUGCGGGCGGUCUGCCCCGACUGGGCACCCUCAAGCCCUGGUAG